AGAUUGACAAUGUUUUUUUUUUAAAAGUUUACUUCUUUGUAAGCUCCGUGAAGGGAGGGAUCUUGUCUGUCUUGGUUGUCAUUAGCACCCAGCACAAUGGCUGGUAUAAUAAAAAGAUGUUCAAUAAAUAUUUAAUGUUUUACGUUAUGACUGCUUAAGUUAGAACUGGAAUGUGGCUCCUCAUAUCUCUUUUGGUUUAUGACUCCUAGGUUUUUUUAAGAGAGUUAGGUAGUAGUAGGUACAUUUAUUAUUAUUUUUCAUUCAUAAAUGGAUCUAGAUGUUUACUUUUAAAAUCUCCUACACUUCUGUCCACUCCCUACUUCCUUUUUCACUUCCUUCCUGCCCUGUUCCAACAUACUGUUAACUUCCCCUCCCCCUCUCCACCAACAGAUAUUAACGUCCAAGAGUGAACCUAAAUGAGCUCUUGAAUUCAGUAGAGCAAGGAUUGGCAAAUUUUUUCUGUAAAUGGCUGAUAGUAAAUACUUUAGGCUUUGCAGGCCAAGAGGCAACAUCACGGAUAUUAUGUAGGCACUUGGAUAACAAGAGAGAAAACAAAUUUCCACAGAAUUUUUUAAUUGACAAAAUUUAAAAUCCAAUGACAAUUAUUGAGCACAAUUUUUGGUAAUACAGAUCUACUGAUGAGAAGAAUGAAAUUCUUUUUGUGGGAGAGAAUAACAUUCCACUUAAUAAGUGUUCAAAGUUAAUGUUUGCUGUCAUUACAUUGACUGCAAAAAUUCAUCUGUAGAAAACAUUCUUAGCUUUCAGGCCUUAGGAAAACAGACAGUGGGCUAGAUUUGGACCGUGGGCCAUCAUUUGGUGACCUUUUAACUAGACUGUGGACUGAGAAAUCCCUAAGCAGGGUUACUUGCCCUGGAUAUUCCUUCUCAUAAAGGCUCAUUGCUCUAAGACUGGAAAGGGAAGAUGUUCAAAUGGGAUUUGUAGGGUGGAACCACCUUAGGGAACUAGUGAAUAUAAAGAUAGAAGAGUAGUAAGAGAGAAGGGAAGGAGAGAGAGUUUAUCUCUGUUCAGGGACCAAUGGUGAUUAAGGGGCAUGUGCCUUGGACGUCAUGCUGGGAAGGCCCGAAUCAGGUGGUGGGUGGGGAUAGAGGUUUGAAAAAGCUUAUUUAGGAUCCCCAUUACUUUUGUUAUUUAGCUUCCUGAAAUGAAGGGCUCAUUAUCUUGGCCGUCAGUGACAUACAAAGAUUAAGGGACAUAGCAUUUGGGAUGGGAUCUGGUUUCUCAAAGAUCAUGAGUCAUCUAAUGGAAAAAUAGGUGACUUGCAGCAUGGUGUGGAGUCAUUUUUUCACCUAAAUUGAAACAAAAGGUUCCAGGUUGGUGUAGGGGCAACAUUGUGAGGCUGCCAGUGGCUGUUAGGGUAAAAUUAAGGGAAUUAUUAGGAAUCUACAGGUUUUAAAAAGCCAGCCGCUUUGUUCUUCUGGUAGCUGGAGGGAAAGCAGGGACCCUGGGCCAACUCCACAGGGUGGGUGGGCACUGUCUCCUCGUGGCUUCUCCAUUGGUGUCAUUGGACACCAGACUGCCCAGACCUUGGUACUCUUAGAGCCCCGCUCCUUAGAUUAGUCACCCCACUUUCCAGGUUUGCCAGUCCGUCUCCAGCCACUCUGCUCCUUCUCAUUCUUUAUGCCCCAUCACUAUUGGGGUCUACAGGGUUUCGGACCUUCUCUUUACAUUCUUUGCAUUUUCCCUGAGCCAUCUCAGCCACUCCACUGGCUUCAUUACUUUCUUUCUGGCAGGGGUCACAGAGAUGAUCUAGAAUGAUCUAAUUCUGUCCAUUUGCCUGAUAGACGUUGCCCAACAGGCGAUCCUCUACCCAUCCUCCCCAUCCCAGGCCAUGACACUGUCACCAGCUGAAACAGACCGCUGGGGCACAUCUUGAGUUUGUCCUCCUCUGCCACCUUCCCGAGUCUGACCUCUCCUCCCUAUCCCCCCACCCCACCACGGGUGCCAGGUCUUCUUGGAGUACUGCAAUGGCUUCUUUUUUUAUGUUUUGUGAUGGAGUCUGGCUCUGUUGCCCGGGCUGGAGUGCAAUGGUGCGAUCUCAGCUCACUGCAACCUCUGCCUCCUGGGUUCAAGUGAUUCUCCUGCCUCAGCCUCCCGAGUAGCUGGGAUUAUAGGCACACACCUACACCUGGCUAAUUGGUAAUGGUUUCUUGUCUUCCUUCCUCCAGUCUUGCCCUGUCUCAUCUGUUUUCCCAUGGCUUCCAGUGUGCUUUUUACCACAUUAACAAUCGAAUCCUUCCGUGCCCCUACUUUAAAAUCCUCAGUGCCCACUUCCAACUUCAUAAUAACUCCCCAGAUUCUUAGCCUGGCCUGGGCUCUUGUGAAUUCUCUGAUAUUCCAACCUCAGCUCUCCCUGCUCCCCGACCCCCUAAGCUGCCAGCCCCUUCGCAGAGUGUACCAUCCAGAGCUGCCCAGCUCCACUCCACCUCCCAUCCCUUCAGGCUAAGUCCUCCACUUCCUUAACACCCAGCUCAGCACACUCCCUGCCCCACCCCCUUGGUGCUCCCACAAUGCCCUGGGCUUAACUGACCAUCUUCAGCUCUGACCACACUUGGCUCUGCGGCCACUGCUCAUCUCCCCACCUUUGGCACAUUGUGGCACCUGGCAAAAAUUUGUUGGAUGAAGGAAUGACUUCCCCAACAGUUGACCCCCUGUUUACAGUGCCAGCGCCACCACCGCCGAUUUCCAGCAGUCUCACGCCUCAGAUUCUACCCUCCUACUUUUCCCCAUCUUCAUCCAAUAUUGCAGCACCGGUUGAACAGCUUUUGGUUCGGACUCGUUCUGUGGGUGUCAAUACAUGUGAAGUUGGAGUAGUGACAGAGCCAGAGUGUCUUGGGCCCUGUGAACCUGGGACCAGUGUGAAUUUGGAAGGGAUCGUGUGGCAUGAAACAGAAGAAGGUGUCCUAGUGGUCAAUGUCACGUGGAGGAACAAAACGUACGUGGGAACCCUACUGGACUGCACCAAGCACGACUGGGCCCCUCCCAGGUUUUGUGAGUCACCGACAAGUGACCUGGAGAUGAGAGGGGGCCGGGGCAGAGGGAAGAGAGCAAGGUCUGCUGCUGCUGCCCCGGGCUCCGAGGCCAGCUUCACAGAGUCCAGAGGGCUGCAGAAUAAGAACAGAGGGGGGGCCAAUGGGAAAGGGAGGCGGGGCAGCCUCAAUGCCAGCGGACGAAGGACACCCCCAAAUUGUGCUGCUGAGGAUAUCAAAGCCAGCCCUUCCUCCACCAACAAAAGGAAAAACAAGCCUCCAAUGGAGCUGGACCUGAACUCCAGCUCUGAGGACAAUAAGCCUGGAAAGCGUGUCCGCACAAAUUCCAGAAGCACUCCCACUACCCCUCAAGGGAAACCAGAGACUACUUUUUUGGACCAAGGCUGCUCUUCUCCAGUGUUAAUCGACUGUCCCCACCCAAACUGCAACAAAAAGUACAAGCACAUUAACGGCCUGAGGUACCACCAGGCUCAUGCACACUUAGACCCAGAAAACAAGCUGGAGUUCGAGCCUGACAGUGAGGACAAGAUCUCGGACUGUGAGGAAGCAUUGAGUAAUGUGGCACUCGAAUGCAGUGAGCCAAGCACAAGUGUAUCUGCUUAUGACCAGUUGAAGGCACCGGCAUCCCCUGGUGCUGGAAACCCACCUGGGACCCCAAAGGGAAAGAGAGAGCUGAUGAGCAAUGGCCCAGGUUCCAUUAUUGGUGCUAAAGCUGGAAAGAAUUCUGGCAAAAAGAAGGGCCUUAACAAUGAACUGAACAACCUUCCAGUAAUCUCCAACAUGACGGCUGCGUUAGACAGUUGCUCAGCAGCAGACGGCAGUUUGGCUGCUGAGAUGCCUAAACUGGAAGCAGAAGGAUUAAUUGACAAGAAAAAUUUAGGAGAUAAAGAAAAGGGCAAAAAAGCUAACAACUGCAAAAUGGACAAAAACCUCUCUAAACUGAAAAGUGCCCGGCCCAUUGCCCCUGCCCCAGCCCCCACUCCCCCGCAGCUAAUCGCUAUACCCACUGCAACCUUUACAACGACCACCACUGGGACAAUACCUGGACUGCCCUCCCUCACAACAACUGUUGUUCAGGCUACACCAAAGAGUCCUCCGUUAAAACCCAUUCAACCAAAGCCCACGAUUAUGGGAGAGCCCAUCACCGUGAACCCAGCUCUGGUGUCACUCAAAGACAAAAAGAAAAAGGAGAAGCGAAAGCUAAAGGACAAAGAAGGGAAAGAGACGGGAAGCCCAAAAAUGGAUGCCAAGCUGGGGAAACUAGAGGACUCCAAGGGGGCCAGCAAAGAUUUACCUGGGCAUUUUUUAAAGGAUCAUCUCAACAAGAAUGAAGGGCUGGCAAAUGGACUGUCGGAGUCUCAGGAGAGCCGCAUGGCCAGUAUCAAAGCUGAGGCCGAUAAGGUUUACACUUUCACAGACAACGCUCCCAGCCCUUCCAUAGGGAGCGCCUCGAGGAUGGAAUGCAGCACUUUGGUGAACGGGCAGGCACCAAUGGCACCUCUGCAUGUGUUGACCCAGAAUGGGGCAGAGAGUUCAGCUGCAAAGACAAGCAGCCCGGCCUAUUCAGACAUAUCCGAUGCUGCUGACGAUGGUGGUUCUGACAGCAGGUCAGAGGGUAUGAGAUCAAAGGCCAGUUCCCCAUCAGAUAUUAUUUCUAGUAAGGACAGUGUUGUAAAAGGGCAUUCUUCAACUACAGCACAAUCAUCUCAACUGAAAGAGUCCCAUUCUCCCUAUUACCACAGCUAUGAUCCUUAUUAUUCUCCAAGUUACAUGCACCCUGGGCAGGUCGGUGCCCCUGCAGCUGGAAAUAGUGGGAGCACGCAGGGAAUGAAGAUCAAGAAGGAGUCUGAGGAAGAUGCUGAAAAGAAAGACAAGGCAGAGCAGUUAGAUUCUAAGAAAGUGGACCACAAUUCUGCAUCCUUACAGCCUCAGCACCAGUCGGUGAUCACACAAAGACAUCCUGCCCUGGCUCAGUCACUUUAUUAUGGCCAGUAUGCAUAUGGGCUCUAUAUGGACCAGAAGUCUCUGAUGGCCACCAGCCCUGCCUAUAGACAGCAAUAUGAGAAGUACUAUGAGGACCAGAGGCUGGCAGAGCAGAAAAUGGCCCAGACUGGGAGAGGAGACUGUGAAAGGAAAAGUGAGCUCCCCUUGAAAGAGCUGGGCAAGGAGGAAACUAAACAGAAAAAUAUGCCAUCGGCCACAAUCUCAAAAGCUCCCUCUACUCCGGAGCCUAACAAAAACCAUUCUAAACUAGGGCCAUCAGUGCCUAAUAAAACUGAGGAGACAGGUAAAUCGCAGCUUCUCUCCAAUCACCAGCAGCAGCUUCAGGCCGACAGCUUCAAAGCUAAGCAGAUGGAAAACCACCAGCUUAUUAAGGAGGCUGUAGAAAUGAAGUCUGUCAUGGACUCUAUGAAGCAGACAGGUGUAGACCCAACCUCGAGAUUUAAACAAGACCCAGAUUCAAGAACAUGGCAUCAUUAUGUAUACCAGCCCAAAUAUCUGGAUCAGCAAAAGUCAGAAGAACUUGAUAGAGAGAAGAAAUUAAAAGAGGAUAGUCCGAGGAAAACUCCUAAUAAAGAGAGUGGUGUGCCCAGCCUUCCUGUAUCAUUAACAAGCAUUAAAGAGGAGCCCAAAGAGGCCAAGCGUCCUGAUUCUCAAUCAAUGGAGGAGAGCAAGCUGAAAAAUGAUGAUCGAAAGACUCCUGUGAACUGGAAGGACUCUCGGGGAACAAGAGUGGCUGUCUCCUCACCCAUGAGUCAGCAUCAGUCAUACAUACAGUACUUGCAUGCUUAUCCUUACCCACAGAUGUACGACCCCAGCCAUCCUGCAUACCGGGCUGUUUCUCCCGUCCUAAUGCACAGUUAUCCUGGGGCCUAUCUCUCUCCAGGAUUUCAUUAUCCUGUUUAUGGGAAGAUGUCAGGGAGAGAAGAGACAGAGAAAGUCAAUACCAGCCCUAGCGUCAACACGAAAACAACCACUGAAUCUAAAGCACUGGAUUUGCUCCAGCAGCAUGCUAACCAAUACCGCAGCAAGUCUCCUGCUCCUGUGGAAAAGGCUACAGCUGAGCGGGAACGGGAGGCAGAAAGGGAAAGGGAUCGCCACUCCCCCUUCGGCCAGCGGCACCUGCACACGCACCACCACACCCACGUUGGCAUGGGUUACCCGCUAAUCCCGGGUCAAUAUGACCCUUUUCAAGGCUUGACCUCUGCUGCCCUUGUUGCCUCUCAGCAGGUGGCUGCCCAGGCAUCUGCAUCUGGAAUGUUUCCUGGACAAAGAAGAGAAUAACAAGAUUGGACAUGUACAUUGUCAUGUGACUGGAUCACAUGGGGAAGCGCUUUAUACAGACAUCAGUUCCAUGGUGUUAAUUUGAAAUGCCUUAAUGGCAGGCAAAAACCAGUCAUUUCAUUUUUGUAAAUUACAGAUUUUAUCACAGAGUAACAAAUGUUGCUGUAAUUAAACUUCUGUUUUAUAUAUAUAUACGUAUACAUAUCUGUAUAUAUACAUAUAUAUAUAUAUAAAUAUAAAUAUAUUCUUUACUUUUUGUAUCAGUAACCAGGCUCACACACACAGGGUCUGCUGCCAUGUCACAAACCACUCAGUAAAGGAAAUUAAAAAUGUAUUUGUCAUGUUAAAAAGUGUUAGCCACAAAAGGCUACUUACUUUCUUUUCCUUUUCCUUUAAAAUUGUAAAUAAAUAAUGUUAUGUAUCAGUGUGCCUGAACCUUGCAUAUCCUUCACAUAUUUCCCAUAAGCCCCUCAGAAAGGCUAACUGUGAUGAUGACACUUUGGUACAAUUUAGAUGUCUAUUUGGUGGCUCCUGCUAAAGACGCACCAGUGUAAAAUGUUCCUGUAGUCACUGUUUGUACUUGUGUAUUGUGGAAAAAGUACUUUUGGAAGGCAUGGGGUUGCCAGUACCACAAAAACUGUGUUGUAUAUAAUGUAAAGAUUAAAAUGGGGAAAUAAUGAGCAUCUGUGAAUAAUGAGGUGUCAUUUUUUGAUAAUCUUGAAUGGCAAAUAACCCAAUAGCCUGCGUACCAGAGACAUCUGUGAUUGUUCUAUUACUUGAAUAGUUCUACAGUCUUUUUUUUUUUUUAAUGUUUACAAUUAUCCAGUUUUAGAAGAGAGAGACUUUAACGCCAUUGCCUGGUUACCUGUUUUAUGCUGUAAUCUAGUUUAUUUUAUGUAAAAUGUAUAUUGAAUGCUUUCCUUUUUUAUACCUGCCUUAAAUAAUUUGGCAAUCAGAAUUAAAAAGUUUUUUUUUUUUAAGUAA